AUGAAAGUCAUUUCAACCAAGGAGUUUAUUCUAUUUGCUUUAGCUACAGUGGUCUUUCUAAUAUCAAAUAGUAUGUGCCUGGAUGAACCGAUGAAGUCCAGUCUGCAGAGCAGAGAAGAUGAUGAUGAUAAAUAUUACGAGAUUAAAGAUAAUAUCUUGGAAGAAAAGCAGAGGAGUCUCAAUUUUGAAGAAAUGAAAGACUGGGGAUCAAAAAAUAUCAUUAAGAUGAACCCUCCUACAGUAAAUAAGAUGCCAAAUUCAGUUGCUAAUUUACCUCUCAGGUUUGGAAGAAAUUAUCCAGAAGAAAGAAGCAUUAAACCAAUUGCUAAUUUGCCUCUGAGAUUUGGGAGAGCUUUUGGAGAGAACAUACCUAGGCGUGCUCCAAAGGUAUCACACAGGCUUGGGAGAUCUCCACUUGUUAAAAGUUCCAGUCAAUCACUUCUAAAUUUGCCACAGAGAUUUGGGAAGUCACUGUCCAUCAGUCUGUCUCAAGAUGUUCAGGAAUCUGAACCAGGUUAA